CUCAAAUUUUUGUGUUGCGCAAUCCUUCAUUUUCCAUAAACUCUGUGAGAAAUCAUGCAAUGAUGAACAUUCAAAAAAAACUAUAGUGCCAGAAAACUUCUAAGGCAUACGAUUCACCAAUGAAACACAGAACAUAAUGCUGCUGGGCAGUUUUUGCCAUACAGCUACUUACGUACUCUUCCCUUGCAUUUAAGAUGUCAAAGAACCAUUCUGAAGAAGAACCUGAAAUGGUAUAACAGUGGAUCCAGAAAGGUUUUUUUUUUUUUCAUUAAGUAGGAUGAGAUGGGGAGGAAGUAUGUAUUCUUUCUAUUUCCACCGUCCUUUACCUUUCUUCUUGGAAAAACAACAAACAGGAACCAGCUUUUCCACUCAGACCACCAUCAGUUCAAUUGUAAUACGGAUUAGAGGUAGGACCAUGUGAACUAGCCACAUAAAGCAUCUCAAAAGUAAGACUGGAUGGAUUAGGCUCUAUAAACUGGACGUAUCUGAAUCCAAGUUACACUUUUUUGAUCAAUAAUAAUUGUUUACUGUCCAAAGAAGCCUGAAAUGUUGUUAGAUAUAUUACCCUUCCAAUAACGCUUUACUUGCUAUCACUUUCUAACCAACAUAAGAAGAUGCUUUAUUUUAAUAAGUAUAGGUAUCUGAAAGGAAAUUAAUACUGAGGGGUUUGUUCUAUUCCUAUGAAUUUGAAACCCUGAAGGAAAGAAACCUGAAUCUGCAAAUGUGUUCUACAUUUCACAUUUGUUCUUCCACAUUUUGAAACGAGAAAGGUUGUGGGGUUUUGGAAGCUAUGUUCUUUUUCUGGGCACUUCGGUAUUACUUGUCAGAUUAGGUCUGCAGUGUUACAAAAUGGGUUAUCGUUUCUAUCUGUCCUGUUGUUCUUAUAUUUUAUUCCUCCUGGAAAACAGGUGCAUCUUCUGCUCAGCAUGUCAUGCAUUCUUCUCUUGGGAGAGUGGGUGGUUCUCACAAAAACAAAAACUAUUAAGCUCUAUAGGAGAGGAAAAAAUCCAGCAGAAAAAAAAUCCAGCACAAUUUAAUGCUGCACUCUGCUAAAAUAAUCUCCUUUCUUCUCCUGACACUUCUGUCAAGUCUGUGACAACGUGCAUUCUCCCCCAAGUUACAACAAUAGUAUUUCCUAAACCUGGCUAAACGUUGUAGAAAGGAAGGCAACUUUUAACCCUCCAGUAUUCAGCUCAUCAGAUCUUUUUUAUUGAUUAUUUAAUACCAGACUUGAAACAAAGAACUCAAAAUCUGUGGCAGCUAAUUUUAGUUCCCCUGCAAUCGUCAUGGCCUCAAAAGAAGGUUUAGCAACAUGGAAAAACCUACACACAAAGGGAUCUCGUGACACAGGAGGAGGACUAGUUAUGUAUCCAAAAAUCAGAUACAAUCAAAAUGAAGAAAGACAUACUCAUCUUUGUACAAGCUGGCAUUUCCUCGGUAGAAGACAUCUGUCACUUAGGUAUGGCAUUACCCUCAGCACAAGAGGGAGAGCGUUACCAAGUGCUGUAGAGCAAGUUUGAAGCUCAUAGAAAGAUAGGUCAGAAAAGGACAGGGACUUCAAGGGGACUUGUCCUUUCAUUGACACCACUUCUUUGAACAAUCUGCAGAAUUCAGGCUCUCAAAAGGUUUCCUAGACCAGUGCAAAAACCACAACCACUGCUUCCACCAAAAAUUGUUUCAUGCCCUCUUCAGCUGGGGGAGGGCAACCAAAACCAGCAUGUUAAAUCUUAAUGCUGUACUGUCAUGUGUUUUCUCCACAAGUAAUUCUUCAUCUUCAAAGCAGCACUUGAUUCCUUUUUGGGAGAAUAACAUUUUUAAAAACUGUGGCAAUUAGACUAUAGUGGACAGAUAAGCGUUGGCCUUUCCUCUUUGCUACAGGGCAACCAGCAGAUUUGAGACAUCCUCAACAGUCACCAAAGAACAGAUUUUUAAGAGAGCUCAAGUGUCUCACUCAGGCAUCACUAAGCCUUUGCACUGGCUAAUCAACAGAAAGUUAAAAAAAAAAAAAAAAGAGGCUCCAACUACCUCAAUUCUGUAACAUUUUCUUUAGGACCGACCUUGAAGUCAAUACCUCAGGAAACCCUUUUCAACUCCGAGGUUUAUAUACCACUGUCCUAAGAGCUGCAGCUCUCUGAGACCCCUCACUUCCACCUUUUGCUCUCACCAUCGCCACUCUCUUUGUAUUCCCACCCACAUGCAGAAUUCAUUAGCCACUUGCCUUCCAUCACAGCACUUCAAUAAAAUGAGUGAAUUUUCCAAAGGAUUCAACACAUAAGAGCUUUUGUGGGGGAAAACCAAACAUUUAGCUUUUCAGUUUCUUUGGAGCUGUGGCCUUCGGCAGUUCUUGCCCAUGGGAUCAGAGCGGAUGGAGAUGCGCAAGCGGCAGAUGUCUACGACCCAGGAGACCCCAGGCGCUGCACAGGCUCAGCACAGCACAGGAAAUCGCGGGUCCAACGCCUGCUGCUUUUGUUGGUGCUGUUGCUGCAGCUGCUCAUGUCUUACUGUUAGAAAUCAAGACGAAGAGAGAGCAAGGAGAACAUCGCACGAACUCCAAACAGAGGGUAUUCCAAACUGCGAGGAAAGCCCUGCUCCUACUCUUGAAGAAGUAAAUGCCUGGGCUCAAUCAUUUGACAAGUUGAUGCUUACUCCAGCUGGCAGAAAUGCUUUUCGUGAAUUUCUACGAACAGAAUUCAGUGAGGAAAACAUGCUUUUCUGGAUGGCCUGCGAGGAACUAAAACAAGAAUCCAACAAAAGUGUCAUUGAAGAAAAAGCAAGACUAAUUUAUGAAGAUUAUAUUUCUAUCCUUUCUCCAAAGGAGGUCAGUCUGGACUCCAGAGUAAGAGAAGUUAUUAACCGAAAUAUGCUGGAACCCUCACAACACACCUUCGAUGACGCACAGCUUCAAAUUUAUACCUUAAUGCACAGAGACUCCUACCCACGGUUUAUGAACUCUGCUAUUUAUAAGGACUUGCUUCGGUCCUUGUCUGAAAAAUCCAUUGAAGCAUAGAAUUUUUUCUUAAAUGUAUUUAUUUUGAAGCAAAAGGAACUCUGGGCUACACCAAUCCACAGGGAACUUAGAAUUAAUCAGAUAUUUACCUGAUAAUAACUCAGGCAAGUUCUACUACAGACUGAAUGAUUUAAACCCGCACAAGGCUCUGACACAAUCAGCCAACUACAGUUUCUGAUUAAAUUCAGUGUUACUUUGCAAAAGAGAAUGAAGAGAAUGAAAAUGUUGUCGUUCAAAAAAAAGCAGUAUUUUUUCAAAUGCAGCACGCAACUCAGAUGCAAACCUGUUACAACCUAUGGCCGAGGUACAAACGCCAACUGAGCACGAAAACUACAUUUUAAAGUGGAGUGUUAGAAUUUUCUUGAAAACCAAACCAGUUGUCCCAUCCACACUGUGACCAAAGCAAAACCAGUACUGUCAGUAUCUGGAGUUACACUAGACAAAGUUUCACAUGUUGUACGAAUUGUACCUGGCACAGGCAUACCACUUGUCUUGGUAUAUUUAAUGGAUAUAAUACAGUAUGCUAAUGGAAAUCAGUAUGGCAAUCAAGUUUAUGAAAGCUAAUGGUUGAAAUAAUGCUGCCUAUAAAAAUCUUUUGCUGAAGAAUUGUUAUUUUACUACUAGAGUCUGCUGAAAGCAUUUUUAAGUUCAUAUUGUUGAUGUUUAUAAAGUUAAAUUAUUUACUUAAGAGGAAGAAGAGUCUGGGCAUUUAAAUUCUGAAAUAAAGCACAAGAAUUCUCACAUGUUCUUCUCUUCCCUUGGUAGGUAGAUGUAAAAAACAUUUCAAUAUUUGCUCCUGAGAGGAUAGCAGUAUCAACCAUCUUGGGUUUGUACAUAUUAAAUUCUCCUGUUACCUCUUGUAAGGUUUCUAUUACAGACAUUCAUACAUUUAACUAACAAAAGGAGGAAGCUGGAACUAUUCUGUUCUGAUAUAGCACUAUUUCAGACUGUCCAAAAAGCAACAGCUCCAUCUGCUAAUCAUCAACGUUCACUUACAGUAUCCCCAAAACGUUACAUUUGAUUUCUGAUCAUAUAUCAAAAUCAGUAAUCACAGGAAGCACUAGGAAGAAAGUCAAUUGAAUCCGUGUAAUCUACUUGUGGAUCUGUUAUUCUAACAGCUUCUUUAUUUUAAAUUGCAAAAUUCACUACAAUUCCACUAUAUUAAACUUUGGAGUUUAUAACGGACUUCCAUUAAAUUGUAUUUUUUCCCUACACAUUUAUUUAAAUGAACCAAGUGGCACAUAUAGGUAGGAACAGGACAGAUGGGGAACAGAAAAAAAAAAAAAGAUAUCCCUAGAAGGGAAGAACCAGACAGGCAUGGUUCAGUGACAUUUACUGUAGCCUUUCUAAAACCUACUCUUUGCCUAGUUCCAGCACUAUGAAAAACACAAAAUGGGGACUUUCUCUGAAAAAGGAAACGGGAAUAACAAGGCUGAAUUUAGGAGAUCAAUUUAAUUGUUUCCUCAAUGCAUCCGGCAAGAGACGUAUUCUCCCCUUACUCCAUUCCCAUUAUUAAACAAAAAAUUAUGAGAUCUGUCAUAACACAGCACCACAGGAGAAGACCCAAUACGCAGUAAGUUAACAAUAGCUAUGGACCAGUUUCCAUCACCUCCUUCCAAAAACAAAGCACUAUUCAACAUGUCAGCACAAAAAAGUAAACCAGAAACCUUAGAAGAGGCAGCAAGUCAAAGUGGUUUUGCCCUCUAUAACACAACACUGGAUGACUAAGUUAAGAGGAAGCCCUUUUAUGUACCACUACUUAAAGACACGGUGCAGUUAGCCGUUGCCACUGCUUAACAUAUCAACGCUGGUUAUCUCAGCUGAGUUUGUAGUAAACAUACCCAAAGCACUAUCAAUACCAUUUCAGUUUACAUUAAGUAUUACGUGAUAGGUAAUAACUUCAACCAAACAAACUAGAUAUAUCGGUAAGGCAGCAUUCAUGGGGAGCUUGCAGUCACACUUAGGAUGCUGUGCUUGUUUUAAUCAGGGUGGGGAAGAGUGCUCUAAAACUCAAAGUUGACAAAGUAAGUUUAACUAGGUCAAAUUCAGCUUGCUGGAAAGAUCAGACACACAUCAAAAAAAGUUCAAAGUGUGUCAUUUCAUGAAAUGGAGGAUUUAAUUUCUUUUACAUGAUCUCUCUUCCCUGCAAAGAUACCUCAUUAAGAGCUGGAAGACAGACCAAACAUUUGUGCUUUAUAACAAACAAUAUAUUCUAUUAUUCUGCAAGAAAAGGAGAGAAAAAAAUCCAAUGAAAUUAGAGGGAAGAGAAAACCAUAUUAGUUCGGGCAGUUCGGUGUUUAACAUCAGAAUAUUAAAAGAAGAAAAUAAUACUUUCUAAGCUUAUUUUCCAUGUGCCACAACUUUCAAGCAAUUAAAAUUCUCUAAGCAAUUUUCAUUUUACUUCUGCAUUACAAUAAGCUGACAUUUGCAAUGUGCACCUUUCCUGAAAAAUCUUAACAAGUUUUAAUGCUGUGUUUAAAUUUACACCCAACACCAAUGGCAGAAUGCUGCUCCUUAGAUAGCCUGAGAGUAACUCUUAAAAAAGUCCAAAAAACCAACCCACUCCCCUAAAUAUCUUGUUAUUUUGAGGUUGUUUAAUGCUGGAUUUGAUUGAAGGGGAGAGGAAAAAAGGAAAAAAAAAAAAAAGAAAAGAGGAAAACAAAACCCCACCUGCACAGAAGACAGGUUUUUAACUACAUUUCAUUACUCUAUACUUGCUCGUUAUGCGCAAACUUUUCUCAGGGCA